CGUACACAGGUUGACUUUUAUUCAAGUUUCUCCUGAGAUGACCAUGCAAAUAAAUCUAGGGGAAUUUUUUAUAGUUGAAAAGUGAACCUUUUGAAGGUUGUUGAAAAAAAUAAUAUGCACCUUUUCCGUCUUUAACGGGAUGAAAUUUUUCUGUAGGAUUUUUCCUACUGCUUCAAAAUUUUUUGGUUAUUCCAAGAAAACCUGAUGAAGUUCUAAGCUUUCAUGGGGCAGACAACUUUGAUGCAGCUGAUUUGACAAACUUAUUUCGAUUCCUGAUUCGAAGUCAACCAAUGAGGGCAAGAUGGCGGUGGAUCCUCCAGCAUGUAUAAACCCAGAUUACCCUGCAGUCCUGGCCCAUUUCAUCCACCUCCUCGUCUCCUUUCGCUGCUGGAAUGACCUCGUGAGAUCCGUGACCUUUGAGAACCCACCUGCCAACAUGGGUCAUCCCUGGUUCCUCCUCGGGAUGCUCGUUGACCUCGUCGGAAUUGCCCAGAACAUCCGAGCUGAGAACCGGGCCAGUUUGUUUUACUAUGAAAUGAUGAAUGUGGCUGCAACGGCGUAUGCGGUGAUUGGCAUGCCAUUUUUUGCCGGAUUAUACCACGUUUGCAUCAACACAGAGAAUCGGCACUUGAACAGGCUGGGUUUCGCCGUGGCCAUUUUGAUCACUUUCAUGCCCUUGGUGUAUUACCGGCGAAGGAAGCGACUGAGGAUGAUGUCUUGGACGAAAUACGCCAUUUUCGUUUCUCUGCUGACCAUGUUGAUCCAGGCCUUCAGGUAUGCUGAUAUCUUGACUGUCUUGGGAUGCUAUGUCAUAUACUAUGCAGUGCACAGAGUGGGGAAUGGGUCACAGAGAAGCGGAAUCUUCACGAACUACCAGAAGAUGCUGCUUUGGAUCUCUUUGGCCAAUAUCAUUUUUGUCCUCGCUUUCUCCCCUGACAAGAAUCUGAGAGCUGUGGUUGGUGAUGAAAACAUUGCUGAAGUCAAGAAGGCAACAGAAGAAGCCAUUUCAGCUGUCAUUAGCAUGCUGCCCAAGCGUCCCAGGGAUGAUGAUGAUAUAUUUGGAGACUAUGAAGCUGGCAAGGGAAAAGGUGGCAAAGGGAAGGGGAAGAGGGGCAAAGGCAAAAUGGGCAAGGGAAAAUCUCCUCCAGAUGGCGCUCAAGCUGGAAAGGGACCAAUGCAUGCUGGGAAAGGAAAGGCCCCUGGUGGCGGCAAAGGGAAGCCUGCUGCUGGAAAGGCUGCUGCUGCUGGGAAAUCUGGCAAGGGUCCUGUUGCCCAACACCAUGCUGCAGCUCUUUUGGCUGAUUAUCAUGACUACAGUGAACUUUCUAGGAGCAACAUUCUCCACAAGCAGAGGUCCUUGCCCCCACCUGUGUGGAUACAUGAGAAGAGACACAGCAUCAUCAAGCAUUAAAGCCCAUAUUCAUUUUCUAUUGCCCCGUGUGUACCCUUUUAUUUUAUUUGGUCAACAUAUUUGAAUGUUGAGCAAUUAUUCUUAAUUUCCGUAAUAAAUAAAUUCACUGAGAAACCA